GUCUCCAACACAAAAUCCAUGACCGAAGAAAAUUUUCCCGCCAUCUCAACACUAAAGCUUCUCCCACACACCUUCCUCCUCCUCCUCUCUUUCUCUCUCUCUACUACCCUAACCCUCCUAUAAAAGCCCAAACAGAAUUCCACAAUGAACGGAAUCCGGAAAAGAAGUAACAGAAAACCAGAAAGGGAAGCUUCACUGCGGAAGCUGAGAAUCCAGAAGCCGCUCUCCGAUUGCAGCAACACCGUCGCCGUCGCCGCUACUACCGCCGCCUCCGCGCAGUCCUCCACUGCCUCCACCGUCAAGCGCCAGAACCCGACGCUGUCCUCCGUCGCCAAGACGCUCAUCGCCUCCUUGAGUACCAAAAACGACGCCGUCGCCGAGAGCCCUAGGGGUUCCGAUCCUUCUACUCCGCAGGUCUCCUCGUCCGUUGAAGGUACCAGCGAUUACGAGCUUUCAGAGCCUUCUUCAGUGCGCAAUCGAAGACAAACGGCGCUAAAAAGAAAGAGUACAGGGAAGGAGAAUGAUGUACCAUUCCUUUGCCCUCGUACACCAAAGACUCGGAAUGUUGGGAAAAGAACGAAACAAGAUGGUGAUAACAUCGAAUUGGAGAUGGACAAAACACCAAUUGCUUCCACUCCACCUUGUGUUUCGUCAUCAACUUCUGAUACCAUUAAUCGUGAUGUAUACGAGCCUCAUUCAGUAUAUAGUCGUAGACAGACUGCACAAAAAAGGGAUAGUGAAGGGCAGAAAAACGUUGGAUCUUCUAGUUGCCCUCCCGCACUGAAGAUCCGGAAUAAAUGCAGGGAUAACUCAAAUGAAGUCGGACAGAACUGUCCUUCCAAGAAAUGCAAGGCUCCUAGUAAAACAAAGGUUUUACCAGCUAAGAAAGAAACUUCCCAGUACACAUCGCCAGAACUUGAGAAGCAGAGAGCUUACUUUGCAGAGCUCGAUAAAUAUGAACUGCCAGUAGAGGAGGCUGAAGAAUGGGAGUUGGACUGAAUGAAAGACCGGUAUGCUUCUUAUGGAAGAGCAAAGCAGUCAAUCUUUUGGGGCACUAUGUAUAGUCAGAAUAGAGUGCAGUUGACCGGUUCUGAAGUAACUACCAUUUUACCCACUUUCUAGUUUAACAUCUAUGCAAAUCAUUGAUAGUCAUAUACUUAUAUAUAGCUGCAUAUAUAUGUAUGGCCUCUGAGCGUACAGAGCAUUCGGGAAGAGAGUGUUCGCUGUUUACGGAUAGAUCAUUGUGCAUGGACAUGAUAUCAAUAGAGCACAAAGUUUUGGAAAAAAAAAGUGGUGGCUGAAUUUGUACUCCGCUUUAUUCACUGCAUUUGAUUCUGAUUUCACCCUGGCUUCCUGUGAGAGGCUUUAUCCUUCU